AUGCCGGCUGCUCGUCGUGCCACGCAGGCGAGGAGGGAUGGGGAGGAGGAGAAUGAGGAGCGGAGCUCUGCCUUCUCUUCUCAGUGUUUGUGUGCGCCAUCUUCUCUGCAAGGCGGCGUGCCUCUGUUUUCUUUUUGUGUUGUGCCUCCGGCACGCUGCCUGGCGAACCCGUACGUGGUGCAACGCCAGCAGCGGCGGCGGUGGCUACAUGCAUGGAGGGCGGCCUUGUACAGCCGGCGGCUCGGCGGGCCCCUGCAGUUCCAGCGGUCCGGCGACAGUUGGCUGCGCUGCUGGGGUCGGCCGAGCUCAGCCGCCCGCCCAGUGAUCCGCCAGGGUCCCCAGGGUCUGUUCGAACGAAGCUCAUCGCGCCGAUCCCUUCCACGAGAGACGCAGCAGCAGCCUGCGUCCACGGACUGA